AUGGAGAGAAAUCUCAGAGCUGGUGAGACUGUAAACAGUCAACAGGAGGAAGGUGGCCAAAGGGUAGGCUGGAAACUGCAAAAGUUUUGAGUUGUUUCUGCAGAGGGUAUUUAAAAAUCUCCAACUCCUUCUGUGAGAUACGAUAGCCUGAGAUAUUUAAUUUGUAAAAUUAAUGUCUCAAAUAUGCAAACACAAAGACACAAAUCACCUCCUUUAUUAAAAUCAAUAACAUGAAUACAAAAACAACAUAUUCCUUGAUCUGUGGUUGACAUACUCCUCUGUUAUUCUGUUCUUUAAUCAAAUGUGUGAUCAACCAAGCUGUUUACUCUUAAUUCUUCAUCUAUGCCCCCCAAACUGAGAGGUGUUUUUUUAAAAAAGAAAGAAAGAAAAAGAUGCAGAGGUAAUCUUCUCAGGGUUGCUGCCACAGUCACACAUCACUUGCUUGCAGUGAGGUCAUCAUUGUGCGUCAUGAGAGGCAGCUGCCACCACCCUGCGACACUUCCUUCUCCUUGCCUUCUCCUUCAGUAUUGUGAUGUCAUCACACCCAGCAUUUCCAGGGCCCUGAUCCAUUUCCUUGACUGUUGCUUGUUAAUGGCAGCCAGAGAAACACUGAGUGUGAUGGCCACCGCUUUAUGAGUAUUAUCAUUAUUAAUAAUAAUAAUAUUUAUAUAUUGCUUUUCAACAUAAAAGAAAUCUGUAAAACCUAAUAAAGCAACAAUAUGAGAGCAAUUAAGACCAGUCAAACAAACCAUUAAGCAAUUAAAACAAAGCAUGUAAAAUCCAGGGAUUCUGCAUAAAACAAAAGCCUUUCACACCAUCUGUGUGCAUGGUGCUGUACAAAUAACAAGUUUGAAAGGACUCAGCCCCAAAGGACUUAAAAUCUAAAAGAGACUCAGGGAAGCAGCAGGUGAAGGGGGCAAAUGGAGACGCAAGGGAAGAAUAUGUGAUUGCAUCAAUUAAAUGUUCUUUAGCUUAGGGCCUGGGCAGCGGGAGAUCCAAAGACUUUGUGGGAAAUGUGAGGUUUGGACUUGAAGCAAACAGGACUGAUGGUCACACAGAGGCGUUAUGGGAGGUGAUUCCAGGCAUGGGCAGCAGCAAGAGAAAGUGGGUAGAGUCCAUUCAGGGUGCAGGAGACCCUUGGACGACUGAGCAUGGUAGAGUUGGUUGGGCGAAGAUCACAGGAAAGGGCCUUCUAAACUAAGUUCGUGAAAUCCCACCUAAAAGAGAGUAGAAAUGGGGGUUGGAGGAGCCCUCUGGAAUAUGUGCUUAUGCUUUGAGAUCUUCAGACAAAGGGUGGUAUACAAAUUUAAUAAAUAAUAACCAGGGGGCCACAGCAAGCAAGGCCCUGUUCCUGGCAUCCAGCAAUCAGAUCUAACCUGGCAGCAGGUCCAAGGGAAAUCCUCCAGUACUCAGGAAGGCUCAAUUGCCCUGGUGACUUUUUCUACUACUCAAUGGCGUCUUCCCUAUAUCAUCUACUUUGGGCUACAGAUUCAUAGAGAGAUACAUUGGUUUAUCAAAGGUCGGAGCAGCAAUAUGUAACCGGAGUAACAAUGACACAAUGACAACAUGGCGAAAGUGAGUGAGUUGUAAGUUGAUGGCAGCCACAAGUGUCCCAUCCCUGCAUCCUGCCCGUACCUCAUUUGAGCCUGUGCAUGCUACCAACCAGAGAUAAUAGCUGUGCCUGUUCGCUCCCCCCCCCCCCAUAUUUCAGCAGUAUCCCAUCAUGAUACUGCUGGGGUUAACAUUUGACAUUUUGCUAGAGUGAGCUACCACUGUAGAGAGGCAUCAGUGUUUAGCCUCCCUUCCCAGGGUUUCUAGAAGUGGGUGAAUGCAUCAGAAAUUUGAGUGGGUGGGUAUAUGCAUUGAGUCCCUUGGGCACACAGAGAUGAAGUGCAUGGGCAUGAAAGCUAAGGUGCCAUGUAGGGCACAGCCUGCCAUUUUAACACAUACCACAGUUCCCAAGGAUAGCAUAUUGUCAACCCCGUUUUUCACAUCUAGGGAGCUCAUAGCUAAGAUGAAAUUUGAGUAAAGAUGUGAUGGCCAGGGAGGGAGGAGACAUUUGUUGGAAAGACUCAAAAGCAUUUCCUCCCUAUGAAAUGGGGAGAUGUGGGUAUUUGGGGCGGAGGUGAUUGGGGUUUAUAUCUUGUGAGCAAGUUUCUGUUUCAGAAGGAUGAAUGAAAUAAGUUUUAAAAGAAGUGACUUGAGCUAAUAUUGUUACUCAGCCAAUUCACACUGCCUGCAAACCUGUUAGUUCCAAGCUUCAUAGGUGGUAAUGUUAGUGAUGACAGCAUCGCUACCAUGUUGGAUUUGGCGGCUAAGCAAUCAACACUCUUUGGUGUUAGAAAUGUACUUUCAGAAGUUGCAGAACAUAGGCCAUCUUGAUAUGUUUCGGUCCAGAAAGGCAGUCUGGGAGUCUGGCAAGCAUAUUGCUCCUACAACAGGGAUGGGGAAACUGUGCCCUCCAGAUCUCAUUGACUCCAGCCCAUAUCGGCCCCGGCCACCCAAGCCAAUCUUCAGGGAUCAUGAGACUGUAUUCGAAGGGUGUGGAAGCUCCAUCCCAAAGGCCAGAUUUGGCCCACCAGAGGUCUCUGUUUGGCUUGCAAGGCCAUGUCCCUCCAAACCAUGCCCACUUGCUCCACAUUUGAUGAUGUGCGUGAUGUCAGGUGUGGGGCAAAUACUGAUGUGGCUGAAAUGGAGCAACUGGGAGCUCCAGGAUUGUUCCUUUGCUGCUGGAGCAAGGAACGCUCCCACUGCUCAUCUGUUGGCUUUCAGAGGUUCAAAGAGCAGCUCAGAGCUGUUUGCAAAAGGGCUUUCAAAAAGCCCCUACACUGCACUUUGAAGUUGCAGCAAUCUGAACUUCAACACACAGCAUCAUCUGAUGUUGUAGUGACACUAGGUGAUUGACAGGUGUGUAGCCCUACCCAUGCGUCAAAUUUGCCCCCCAGCCCACCCUAGGGUUGGGGGAUAUAAGGGUCUGGCAUGCUGACUAGAAAACAUUUGCAAAGGUUGCUAUAGGGCUUCAUCUCUUGGCUUGCACAAAUCUUUUAGAGCAGGGAGUCUGUCCCAUCAGUCUUGGCCAGUGUGGCCAAUGGCUAAGGAUGAUGGAAAAGGUACAGGUGUCUCCCCACAUAUGCACAUUUGACCCGUGAGUGACCACAUAUAUAUGCGGGGCUGGGAAGUAAUUGAAUCAAUUUAAACUGCAAAAAAGGCACACAAAAAGGGCGAAAAUGGCCAAAGAACAGUGAGAAAGCUGCAAAAAUGGAGCAAAAAGAGCAAUCCCAAGGACUUUGGGGUGCCAAUAUAUUUCUGAAUCACAGCCAGGCACUCCGGGGUACCCCCCCCAAUUGCUGUUUCCACAUCAUCAGCGAUGAGGAAGACUGAGAGCCACCAUUGCCACCAUUCAUGCCAGUCUGCUAAGUGCUGCUGGUUUUUCAAGGGUUCCCAGUGGUUUUGAGGGUGUUUGCAGGCUUUUCGGAUUAUGUUCACCACUACACGUGAUUUCACAAAUAUGUGCGGUAGCCGGGAACGUAACGUAACCCCCGUGUAAGUGGGGAGAUGCCUGUAUGUGCACAUGAAACACAGAAGGUUAUAACUGCCCCCUUGCCAAACUAUGAAAGCUCACGAACAAAAGAAGUAGUUGUUCCCUUGCCCCUUUGGGGGCUGGCUCAGACCUUGCCAGUCUGCGAUGCUGCUUAAGGCCUCGCCCUCUCCUGUUGCCCAUUAAAUGCCUUGUCUGCCUGUUCCCAAUCUGACCAUCACCCUUCUUAAACUAUUCCCCCACAACGAGAGCCAGGCGCAAUUGUGAAGGAGCUCUGGAAAGUCAAAUUUUGAAAAGAAGAUUGGGGGGGGGGGGAGAGAGAAGAGCAAGGGCGGGUGUCAGAUAACACUGAACUCAGCACCCAGAGCUCAAAGUGCUGAAUUGCCUUCUCUCUCUCUCUCUCUCUCUCUCUCUCUCUCCUCCCAAGUACAUUUUCCUCCUCUAAUAGCUUCAUGUUUCCCUUUGCUCAGCUGUCACAGCUCACGUCCCCUUCAAAGACUCUGCUUUGAAACACAACAUUAUUUAUUGAACAGGCAAUUUGCCGGGGAUGGGAGGAAGUGGGGGGGAAAGAGGUAUCCCUGCCCAGUCCUGCAGAUGACCCUUGAUCCCUGGACACCCAUAAACCAACAGGCAGUUGGCCUUUCCCUCUGGUUUCCCCCCAAACCCCUGGCACAAAACUGUUCAAAACAUCUCUCAUUUCCUUGCAGCGUCCCUGGGUUCCCUGCAUUUUCGCGAUUUGCCGACAACAAUGUGCAGCAGCAGCAGCAGUUGCUGAAGAUUGCUGCAGCGCCCAACAAAUCCUGGAAUGCCACUGUUAACUCCAACUCAGGGCAAGCCCAAGGCAUUUUGCUGCCUGAGGCAAAAGAUGAGAGGCCCCUCUCACCCAUUCCAUGCUCGGAAGCCGACCAGACUGGUUGUUGAAUCUCAGUGGAUGAGACAACGUCCUCCAGAAUAUCUCAGGGCAAAAGACUUGCUUAGGGGGCACAGGGCAGGCUGUGUGUGACACAUAGCUUUGCCAUCCCAGCAACUCACCACUGACCCCAACACCUAUAUCUGCUGCUAGAGGCUGCCACCACAUCCUGCCUAAUAGUAGAGCUGGCCCUGGCUCCCACUCUCCCUUAGUGACCAGGAACAGCAGGAGUUACUAAGAAUUUAAAUGGCCUGGGUCAUAGGCUCCCAACAUGAAUGAGCAUAAAUGUAUGGCAGGCCUGUGGAUGGGUGGGUCUAGCAGGCAGGUGCCCUGGAAGCAAAGGGGGUUUUUUUCCAAAAAAGGAAGAGGGAAUGGGCAAGAGACCUGGGGCCUGGCACAAGAGACCUGGGACUUCCCUUUGGGCCACCCCCUAAUAAUUAAUGCCCCUGCCUUGCGUAGUAUACAUCCCCUGGAUCACAGUCCCAAUAAUUCACUGUCCUUACUUUGGAUACUUCCAGACAACCUGUUUCCUUGAGCAUUCGUCCUGAUUUGUUCCUGGGGAGGUUAGAUGACAUUGUACCAAAGCAAGGACUCAGCUACAUUAGUUAAAAACCAACAACAGUGUUUUGAAUGCAUUAUAAACAUGUAACACCAGAUGGCGCAGGAGAGCAAAACAAAAUUCUAAGUGCUUUUCCAUAGCAUUUUUUUUCUUUUGUAUUUAAUUUCUGACUUAUUUAUAGUGGUUUUUUCCCCCUGGGUGUAGAUCCACCCCAAGUGUUAUCCCUCACUUUCCAAUGCAUUUCCCCAUCACUUAUUGCAAAAAGUCCAAUCUUUUGGAGAAUCCGGUUUGUUGCACAAGAACUCCAAACCAAGCUGAAUUUGUCAGCACAUAAUUGAAUCCCACCUGAAAAUAGUGAUAGCCUGAAAGUGCCCGCUUUUGAGAAAGUCUUGUUAAAAUGUGUUAGUCCAAGUUGUGCGUGUUGUCGUUCUUCAGAAUUCAGUUGUUUGUCUGUCUGUCUGUCUGUCUCUCUCUGGGUGCCUAGAAGUUAGAUCUCUGAGCAAGGAAAAGGUGAGUCUUGCUACCUCUAGUGCACAUGUGCACAAAUGCUUGUGCAUGAACACUAAGGCAUAACGCAGUGUACACAACAGCAGUUUCAAAUGCUAGUAAGGCUUUGAAACUUCUGUUAACAGAUGGUAGGACAAUUCUACACACACACCCAGCAUAAAACACCUUGGUUUUGAAAAGUGGGAAAUGACAUGUUACUGCACACAGCAAAUAGAGCCUUUGGCAAUAUAUGGGUACAAUAGGCAGGGUGAGCAUGUGUCAAAAUAAUAAUCCCUUGUGUGCAUUAAAUGUUUCCCUAUUUUUGUCUGUGAAAUUAUGGAGGGGACAACUAGCAAAUUUAUGUCACAAACACAGCUGUCAGUCUGGGUGAUAACAACUUCUGAACACUCUUCAACCUCUGAUAUACUUGUUCAAAAGCAGGGUUUGAUUAUCUCGCUCACCCUCUUAACUAAGUGGGAGCAGAGCAUCUUGGCUUGCUGUGUGCAUUGUACCCAAGAGCCAUUGUGAGCUAAGGGCGUCCACCCAGGGCUGUGGCACAGCAACCCUCAGCCCCCUUCUGGUUCUGAGCUUGUUUUCUUCCCUGCCCCUAGGGGCAGAUGGCUCUUUUAAUUUUGGUUUCUCUGAGUUACUCGGUUUUCCAGUCUUAGGUUUGGUUCACUGCCCUUGCAGAUCCCUUUGUAGAUUUUUUGGAAAGUCCUCAUGACAAUUUGUCAUUAUUUUAAUGCACAGUUCUCCUACUAUAUACAUUUUUUUUACAAGCAAUUUGCACACAAUUUUGUAUGUUGUUUUCACAAAUAUGGUGUGUUGUUGUUGUUGUUUUGCAUUCUUUAGUACACGCUUUUUGUUUGGAAAACUGCCUUGCAGAAUUUGGAGAAUUCCAAAAGGUAACUGGGUUUUUUUUUUUUUUUUGCAUAUUGUUUUAGGAAGGUGCGAAUCACCAAAUCGAAUUUCUGCCCUGUCUGCCUCCUCCUGCCUCAAUUCUAAGCUUAGAGCCGUAAAGAUGAAUAGGUGCUUUCUGCCAGAAUUCACACUGCGUUUCAGAGACAUAUAGCGUAAGGUCAGCGACACUACCUUGUCCCGUGUGUGUGUGUGUGUGUGUGUUAGCAACAAGCAAAUUUUGGAUGGCCACUGAGGCCACCAAAGCUAUAUCAGCCCUUGCUCAAGAGGUAAAGGAGAUUCAGACCUGGUCUAAAUAUAAUAAGCAAAAUAAGCUGGCGAACAAAGUGAUGAAAAAACUCGAGGUGUUAGUGUGGAUUGUACCAAUUCAGCUGGGGAAUCCAGUUUUUUAAUUCUCCUCCAGUGCUUUUCUUCUGGGGGCGGGGUAUACAGGGGUAUGCAUAACCCUAAACAUUUUGUGAAUCUAAGUUUGGCCUCAUUGAGGGGCAGUAUUUCAAUACGAGUAGGAAAAUAAGAGUACCCCUAAACAUUUUUUUAGAAAAAAGCACUGUUCUCCCCUAUGCAUGAAACCCCCUACAGUAGAAAAAAUGGCAUGAUUGGGAGAGGGCUGAGCUUGAAUCCUCCUCUCUGAAGUAUUUUUUAAUUUUAUUUCUUGCUUGCAGGGAUUAAAAUUAUUUUCUGAGGUUCUUCUUCUUGUUGUUUUCACCAUACCUAAACAAUAACAAUUAAACGAGAAGCUGGCUUGCAGGUUCUCUGCAUGCGGUGCUCAGAAGUGCUUUCCCACUCAUUCUGAAGUGGUCCAGGUUCAUCCCAUUAUCUCUCCACCGCAUCGUUCUGCGGGGUGUGCAGAGCAGGCCUCAAGGGGCUGGGAAUCGAAAGAGAGUCAACAGCACUUGUUGGCAGCAAGGGGGCGGCUUUUGAGUCCUUGUUCUUUCAUCCCAACACCAGUUUAAACUGCAAAGCUUUCUCUGCUGUUCCCUAGAGGAACAAAACAUCCUUCGAAUGAAUCAAUAGCGUCAGCAGGAGAGUGAGAGUACUGGCCCUGUUUAGAGACCCUUCUGGACUUCGGCCCUAAAGUCUUGCAUUGACGGUAACCAAUGCAAGAGCCUAUGAUGGAUGUAACUCAGGCGGUAGAGCUUGAGACUCAAGGUCGUGGGUUCGAGCCUCAUGUUGGGCAAAAAGAUUCCUGCAUUGCUGGGGGUUGGACUCAAUGACCCCUGUGGUCCUUUCCAAAUCUACCGUUCUAUGAUUUUAUUAUUCUAAGAGAACGUGUGGCCAGGUAAGAACGCUGGGACUUAUGGACAAGGCCUCUUAUGUCUGGGUAACCACCUUGCAAGGACAACCUCUGAGCUGUGGCUGUGUAAACAUGACAUCUCACCAGAAGCUUAAGGACAGUCACAUGUCAGAGAUCUUCUCCAUGUGGUAGAGUUAGCUGGAGACUCUGCGCUGCAGAGAGCAGGGCGAGAGCAUCAUCAAGGCAGCACAAUGUCUGUAUUUCGGUGAGAAAGUAAACAUGGAUGACUGCCUAGGCAAUGCCUAAAUCCAGGUGAUUAUUAGCUAUCAACUAGGCUUUAUGACAUUGGAUGCGGGUGGCGCUGUGGGUUAAACCACAGAGCCUAGGGCUUGCCAAUCGGAAGGUCGAUGGUUCGAAUCCCUGCGGUUAGUGGGGAAAGGAGCUUGCUUUUUAGGACCACUAUCCUCAUUGCCAGGUUGGCAGGAGCUGGGACCAAACAAAGUGCAAGUAGAUAAAUAGGUAAACGGCAUUUCCGUGCGCUGCUCUGGUUUCGCCAGAAGCGGCUUAGUCAUGCUGGCCACAUGACCCGGAAAAACUGUCUGCGGACAAACGCCGGCUUCCUCAGCCAGUAAAGCGCGAUGAGCACCGCAACCCCAGAGUUGUUCGCAACUGGACUUAAUCACUGCCUCAGCCACCCUUCUAAUACAAUGUCCGGGGCAGCCGCCCCUACCACUAGGCAAAGUGAGGCAACCUCAUCAGGUGACAAAUGCUGGCUGUUUCUCAUGACUCUUCCUGACAGAGCUGUGUGUGGCACAUGGCUUGAUCCGGCCUCUCAAACAAGCCAGCCUCCCCAUGUGUGGUCAGAGGCGGUUUUAGGAUACUGUGACCAGUUUGGCUGGACCAUGUGCUGUGCUGCAAGCGGCACCACAGCAAUGCUGUAGAAUGGAGCGCAAGAGGCAGGGGGCAGCAUAUUUUAGCAUCGCAUGGGGCGCCACUGAAAUUGGAGAGCCCAAAGUCUGCCACUGGAGUUUCUGAGGCCCCUAUUUCAUUGAUGGUCAGAUUAAACAGCCAGCCCACUCGGCUUUGCCUCAGGCAGCAACAUGCUUUGGGCUAGCCCUGACAAUGUCUGCUGCGUGUCACAGUGUUUUUACUUUGCAUUAGUGGGUGGGGAAUCUGGCUUUUUGUUAAGAACAUAAGAGCCGCGCUGGAUCAGGCCAGUGGCCAAUCUAGUCCGUCAUCUUGUUCUUGCAGAUGCCUAUGGGAAGCCCAAAAGCAAGACCUGAGCACAACUGUUUAAAUCAGGCAUAGGCAAACUCGACACUCCAUAUGUUUUUGGGACUACAAUUCCCAUCAUCCCUGACCACUGGUCCUGUUAGCUAGGGAUGGUGGGGGUUGUAGGCCAAAAACAUCUGGAGGGCCGAGUUUGCCUAUGCCUGGUUUAAAUCAAUACACCUCAGCAUCUGUUUCUGAGGUCUAGUUCUCUCUGAGGGACAGGGAACCCGUGGUGGUGCUGCAGUUGUUGUACUCCAACUCCCAUCAGCCCCAGGCAGCAUGGCCAAAGGUCAGGGGUGAUGGGAGUUGUAUUUCAGCAAGAUCUGGAGGGCCACAGCUUCCCCAAGCAUCCUUUGGAGGCUAGAGGGUGACCUUACUCAUGUAUGUUAUGGGGUCCAUACACUGGAGUGAAGCUUUAUCAUCAGCCCUUGAAGGGCUUCCUUCCUUCGUGGACAACCUUCUGCAAGUCAGGAGAUGGGCGUGGCCAAAGGCUGCCAUGGGCAGAGCAAGGGACAUGACUCUCGUUUUUGUACCAUCGGCUCCAUUCCACCCAUGAAAACUCCAGAGGUUUCUAAACAGGCACAAAUCUUUACAUCAGCCAUGCAGGCAAACAAGACGCAUAAUCAAGGUAUCAAGGACACAAGCCAACCAGCCAAAAGCAUGCACUGAAGGUGCAGAGUGAGGCCCAGGGAGAGUUCUGAGGGCAUAAUGAUGAAUGGAGGGCCACAUUUGCCCCCGCCCCAAAUCUAAGGUUCCUUACCUGUGUUGCAAAACCUAUCAGUCCUGCUGGCUCCCUCCCGUUGCCUCUGGGAUCUCAGUGCCCCUGAUUAUUAGUUGCUUCUCCCUCCCUCCCUCCCUCCCUCCCUCCCUCCUGCUGCUAGCUGGAUGCCACAGCCAGCUCAGGUAACCCAGCCCCUUCUCCCCCUAUGCUUGGGCUGAGUUUUAGGGCUUUCAAAAAGGCAUUUUCCUUCAAGUGCAUCAGUCAUAGCAGCAAAAGAAGGGGGAAAUGCUUCGCUCUCCUUGUGACUCCUAGCCUCUGCCCCUCUCUCUUGGUUCGCCACAUUGCUUACCUCUCCUGGUCUCAUUUAUUCCAUGUAUAACACUGUGCAUAUGAUGUGUCCUGUUGGACAAGAUUAAGCAGACCUUGUCUGAUUCAAGGCUGAGACGGGGGGGACCAGAGCUCCCUCUGCUGGCGAUGACCCACACUGGUUCAUUUUACUCCUGGGAAAUGUUGCUCAGGGAUACAGAGAGAGUGCCAGAAGGUUUGAAGGGUGAGGCUCUUGUUGGGGGGCUGAAUGCGCACAAAUGCAAAGGGAACCCCAAUGAGCCUGCCAGCAGCUCUGGUGUUCAAUGUGUUUAUGAGAAGGGGGGAAACUUGCAGGUGAACACACCAGGGUUUUGUUUUUUAAAAAUAAAUCAACAGCACUUGGAGGAAGGAGACCCACAUCCUUGCUCCUUUAGCAGUCUGCUUUCCUCUGCAGCCCCUAUCCCAGUAGGCAGCCCUGUCCAUUGACAUCUCUAAAUUGUCCCCCCUUGUUAGAUGCAUGAGACUAUCUGAGUUCCCAGGCUGUAGUAUGAGGAAGGACCACCAGUGGCCCAUGAGCUUCCUUCAAGUGGUCCAUGGCAUGUUGGUAAAAAAUGGCAGUGGCUGUGAGUGGUGGGUGCAGGGACCUUUCCUGUGUUCUCAGAACCCAGCAGUCUGGCCUGCCUGGAAGGUGAAAGGGACAGAGCCAAUGGAAUAGCUCGGUCGGUAGAGCAGAAUAAUCUUAAUCUCGGGGUCAAGGGUUCAAGCCCUGCAUUGGGCAAAAUAUUGCUGCAUUGCAGGGGCUAGAUGACCCCCCAUCCCCACCCCUGCUGAUCCCUUCCAACUUUUACAGUUCUAUGAUUCCAUGAAAGGAGUGGAGAGGAUUAUCAUCGCAAAAGACAGAGCGACGGGAAGAGAGAGGAGGCAAAUUCAAAAGUGUGGUAAAGGUCUACAGAAUUUAACACCAGUGGAAAUCUGCUUAUGUAUUGGAAUGGUUUUUACAUACUUUUUUAAUUGUUUUAUCACUUGUGGUUUGCUGCCCUGAGCUCCUUUGGGAGGAAGGGUGGGGUGGGGUGGGGUAUAAAUUAAAUAAAUAAUUAUUUAAAAUGUAAUACAAUAUAGAAGAAAUAAAAGAAGUGUUAAAAGUGGCUGGGGAAACCCAGCCAGAUGGGUGGGGUAUAAAUAGUAGUAGUAGUAGUAGUAGUAGUAGUAGUAGUAGUAAUUAAAAUACAAAUCAUAGAGCAUCUCCCACAGCUCAUUCCAAAUUAUCGCUAUGGGCCAAAAAAAGCAUUAAGUGGUCCACCAAGACGCUCUGCAGUUUUCAAGUGGUCUGCUGGAGAAAAUGAAGAAGUAACUAACCUAAGUGGCCUAAGCGUGCUGAGUCGAGGACUUUCAAUGAUGAUUGAAUUAUUCUCUCAUGCUCUCCAGCUAUCUUCACAGGUACUUUGCAAUUAAAAAGUAUGGUCUUUACCCUAUCCACUCUUAUGUGUUUUUAUGGGCAAAAAAUAAAAUAAAAAUCCCCAUUAAUGACAAUGAAAGAUAUGCCAGACCACUUUGGUCCAUCUAAACUGGCAGUGUCUCUCCAGCCAAGGUCUUUCCCCAUAUUGGCUUACCUUGACAUUUUUUUUAAAAAACAACAACAGGGGAUGGUGGGAGUUGAACCCAGGACAUUCUCUAUGGAAACCAUGCGCUCUUACCACAGAGCUUCGGAAACAAGAAAGAGAACAUUUAAAGCUGCCAGGCGGUUGAUCCCUCUAGCCCAAUGUUGUCCUACUACAACCAGCAUGGUGUCCUGUGUAGUAGUCUAUCUGUUAAGUAUUCUGUCUUGGCUGGGGGACUGCAUGCUGAGCUUCCUGCAUUUCAGGGGGUUGGACUAGAUGACCCCCAGCCCCAGGGGUCCCUUCCAAUUCUAGGAUUCUAGGAUUCCAGGCCUUGCUAAUAGUCACCCUUCGCCAUCUGGUGGCCAUGUGUCCUCACUGCACUUGGAAGGAACGCAUCUGCUAUCAUUUGUUAUGCACACUCUGCUCAUUCCAAGGACCAGCAGUCCUUGCAAUCCCUGUAAGGCUACAUAACCCCAGCCAGGGUUUCAGCCCCUGCUGUCCACACACCCCCUUGUGGGUGGUAGCAAUACACACUCAGUUUCCCAUCGUGGGUGCUGUGGUAUCCAGGGGCAGGGAGUGGCCAGCAGGGAAGAGAUGGGCAAGGCUUUCUUUAUCCAGGAAGACUUCUGGUUGUGCACUACGGGGUGCAACUGAGACUUCUGCUCAAGGCCACAAAGGCAGACAUGACAUUUGUAGGGUAGUGAGGUUUUCAGUAAUCAUACUGCUAUGCUCUGCCCAACCCACUUCCACCAAACAGUGAGGAGCUCCAGGAUGAAGCAGAUUCAGUUUUCUUUGGUAGGAGGUGAGCGGAGGCUUACUGACGUUUCUGUAAUAUUUGCAUUUGUUUACAGGUUGAGCAUAGGUAGAGGCAUCUGGUUUAAGCCACACAAAGCCAAAGCCCUUCUGUUGGUUCUGCAUCAGAUGUCUGCUAGGGAGACAGGGCCCCAGGGUUGCACUUGGAAAUCUAAGCAAAUGCAAUGGUCACCGCAUUAUUCCAUACAAGAAAAACCGCUGGUGCUUAGUGCUUCCCCCUCAAAAAAAACCCCAGGAAAACAGCUACCUCCUUUCCAAAAUAAAACAAAUAAAACACAAAUAGUAAAGUCACCACCCUGAGAAACAAGCAAUCCAGCUCAAAGAGAAAGAAGUUCAAACAUUUCGGGUAAAAGAUAAAAAAUAUAUAUUUGGGAGCUGCAAGGGAUCUUGGCAGGCCCCAAGGGGGCGCUUGAGGGUGCCACAGAGUCCAUAUUGGGGACCCCAGUAAUAGUGGGUAUUAUAUACACAUAGCUAUAAGGGAUCGGGGGGGUGUAAGGUGUAAGGGGAGUAGUACCUCUGGUGGGGGACAUGUUAUGCUCCUUCUGGGGCACUUUGUCCUUUCAUCCCUACCCUGCACUGUGCUCUCACCUGUGGUUCCUAGGAGCUGCCAGAAUGUGACAGAGGCCACACCUGGGAGUGUCUUUGACUGGCUAGCUAAGCCAUGUGAGGGGACUUCCUCUGGUGUGAAGACAGGCUCCAAUGGAGUCAGCGGAUGAGAUCAAUAGUGGGUCCGAUGGUCAAGAAGGCAGUUUCUGCACAUGCAGAAGUGAGGGGCAGAUGGGGCUCCUCAAUUUGGGAAAGUAGCCCAUCUAGGAGAAGGAAAACUCUGGUCAUAAACCUCUGCUGCAUUGUGGGACAUCUUCAGGAGAAGAAAAGGCAAAAGAGUAAACCCUACACAGAUCCAGAGUGGACUCCCUCAAACACGGUUGGAUGGCACCUUUUAUGCCUCCUUGCGACAACUCCUGUUGCCAGACAUAUUGCUCUGCUUUCCUCUGGACCACAUCAGCGAGGCUGAGAGAGAGGUCUUGUCGUCUGGGCAGCCCAGGACCUCCAUGCACACUGCCCAGGCUUGUGGCCCGAGGAGCUCACUUUAGUGCUGCUUACAUAGCAGUUUGACUUCACCCCCGGAGGUGCGCUCCAUCGUCUCUUGAGGCAGACGGGUGCCAACAACAACAUAAUGGAUCAGCACACAUUUUUGGAUUCUCUCUGGGGGUGUAGCGCAGAGGGUUGUCACGGGGAGCUCCUGAAAUCCACCACAACAACUCUGAUGGCAGCUGCUGCAAUCGCCACCGCCUCCCCUCCCUCCCACCAUUGCUGUCCCCAAGCUAGAGAGAGGGAGCUGUUUUCAAGGCGCUUUGUUCCCCAACAGGAAUGGGGUGCGGGUGGGGAGUGGAGAAGGCGGCAGUGGAGCAGCUGGCCAGGAGGAGGAAGAGGGGGCUGCAACAGAUGCCAGCAUUCAAUACGCUGCUAUACGGAGCUCAAAGGGCAUUUGCAGUUCUGGGGGCCUCUUUUUGACUGACGUCUGUUAUGUCAUAGAGCUUCACUGAUUACUUUAGGCUUGCAUACAUACCCCAUCAGAAACAUAUCCCACCCCCCCAGAAACAAAAAGAAUAUUUGGAACUGUAUCUCUGUGAUAGGAAAACUACAGCUCCCAGGAUUCUUUGGAGGUGGGAUGUAUGCUUUCAAUUUCCUUUUAGUGCAUGGUGUGUGGGCAGCCUAGGAGAGACUCCCCUCGGAAUGAUCCAGAAGAAAGAUGAUCCACGAGGACUGAGAAAAUACACACCUCAGUGUUUGGAUUGAGAACUGUAGCAGAGCUGAAAAGCUGCAGUGGAUAAUUCUAAACACGCUCCCCCAAUGUUCAAUAUACCACAAAAUUCCUUUGUACAUUAAGCAAUAGCCUGGGGGGAGAGCGUUUCUGAAACAGUUAAAGCAUUCUAAAAACAAUCACAGUUAAAAACAUCUAAAAGCAGUUACAGCUGAAAACAUUCUGAAUGCAAUGACAGUAAAUAGCAUUCUUCUGUCCAACGAUCACAGAGUUGCCAGGAACAAUAUUCUUGAACCACCAAAUGAACCAAGUAAACAAGCUUGUUUUCGUAUUCCUCCAGCUAUUUAAUAAUAUGGAUGCAGGCAUGCACCUCACGAGGGAGGGCAUUCCACAACGGGGGGGGGGGGGGGGCUACCGCUGAAAAGGCCCUGUUAGUGUGAGUUGCUGGCAUUGUCAGCUGCCUCUUCAGACUCUCUGGGGCCUUCUGUACUCCUGCUUGAGCUGCUCUCCAGGGACUGCUCACUGUUGAUGGGUAGUGAAGGAAGGUGAGGACAGGUGACCUCACCUAGGCCCGAAGUCACCCCCCACCAAAGCAGGCUCAAAGCUUCUCAAAACUUUUCAAAAUCAUUUUCUCAGCAGCUAAGCAUCAGAAACAUUCCGCUCCGCUGUAACAAAGGUAGAGAAAAGUCCAUUGUUUCUCAGGCCUUUCUCAUGUCUUCUGGCCUUGCUAAAGAACCACAUUGCAACUUACUUUCUGUCCGGGAACCAUGCCAGAACAAGAGAUUGAAACAUAUCUGAACAUGCUGAAAACCCCUUGGCUUCUCACCCCCCCCCCUUUCCUGGGAAGGGUGCCAAGAGUUCACAAUAGUCCCAAGACAGCUUUCUGUUCAUGCUCAGAGGAACUCCUGAGGGAGGAGAAAGGGGGAGGGAACUGGAAAGGGGUAUAUAUGCUUGUGCACAUGAUUGUGAACUCGUGCAUGCUUUUUGUGACUUAUCACACUUGCUCCUUCUACCAGUUCAUGGAUGGUAGAAAUAAAAGCCUUUUCUCCGAAACUAUUCCUUAAGUGUCUGUUGACUCCCACUUCCCUUUCCCAGGCGCAAUAUUUUUCCCACCUGAGGGCAAAGCCUCAUAAGGCUACAGUAGGACCCCCAUGCUCUCUUCUUGGGGUUCUUUGACUUGGAUGGGAGAAGAGAAGAAGGGAGUCUCUGUCAGCUCCAGGCUGUAAGCAUCCUUUCCGACAUUUAAGGCUGGGCCACUAGGGUGAGUGGAGUGCUGCCUCACCAACUUCAGUGUGCACUCAGCCCAUUUUCUUACUUGCAACCAGCUCAGAGGGUGGCCCUAGCUGCCAGCAUCCUCCUUAAGCCACAUUUAUUUAAGCACCAUUAUAUUACUUUAACCCAUGGGUAGGCAAACUAAGGCCCGGGGGCUGGAUCAUGCCCAAUCGCCUUCUAAAUCUGGCCCGUGGACAGCCCAGGAAUCAGCAUGUUUUUACAUGAGUAGAAUGUGCCCUUUAUUUAAAAUGCAUCUCUGGGUUAUUUGUGGGGCAUAGGAAUUCGUUCUUUUUUCUUUUCUUUUCAGAAUAUAAUCCAGCCCCCCACAAGGUCUGAGGGACAAUGGACUGGCCCCAUGCUGAAAAAGUUUGCUGACCCCUGCUUUAACCCAUCAUUCUUCCCUCAAAGAAUCCUGGAAGCUGUAGUUUGUUAUGGACACUAAGAAAAGUUAGGAGACACCACACCCACAUUCCACUCGCAGAGCUACUGUUCCCAGAGUUUCCUGUGAAGGUAAAGGUAAAGGGACCCCUGACCAUUAGGUCCAGUCAUGACCGACUCUGGGGUUGCGGCGCUCAUCUCGCUUUAUUGGCCGAGGGAGCCGGCGUACAGCUUCCAGGUCAUGUGGCCAGCAUGACAAAGCCGCUUCUGGCGAACCAGAGCAGCGCACGGAAACGCCGUUUACCUUCCCUCCAGAGCGGUACCUAUUUAUCUGCUUGCACUUGACAUGCUUUCGAACUGCUAGGUUGGCAGGAGCAGGGACCGAGCAACGGGAGCUCACCCUGUCGCAGGGAUUCGAACCGCCGACCUUCUGAUCAGCAAGUCCUAGGCUCUGUGGUUUAACCCAAAGCGCCAUCCACGUCCCUUUUUUUCCUGUGAAGAGGGAUUGCCUAUUACCCCACUCUAGGAAUUGGCCCAAGCGGCUCCAGGCAUCACUGCUUUCCACCACUCCACAGAUGAAAACAGCAGCAUGCUUGUAGUAUUAUUUUGUUAAGAUCUUCCUAUUCAGUUUUCUGGAAGGGGCAAAUAUUUUUGUAUUCCUACACAUCUUUUUUGGGGGGGGGGGAUGGUACACCUGGUGCCUGUUAAGUACCAGUUGUCUGGAUGCCCUCAAAGAAGGUGAGCUGAAUAGCCAGUUGAACAACAGUAACAAAACUUCCCAGGUUUCACAGGCUGCCUUUGUGUGAUGCCUGAUCGCCAGGCCUGCCAAAUCAUCCCUGCCAAAUUGCCAAUUCAAACUCAGCGUUUUGUACUGGGAAGCCUGACGGAGGCAAAACGGCUUUUUAUUGACACGUGGCACUCAAACGUACAGACUGGCUGUCGGGUUUCAGGCACCAUUAAGGAGAGCAGAGUGGACCGCAGCCAGAUCUGACCCAGGAGCCACCAUCUGCCAGGAAGAUCACCUGUACAGGACUUCAGGGAAAUGAAUGAGAAAUGCACAAGAACUUGACAAAAUUAUGCUUUUUUCCCCUCCUGCAUUUUCAGUUCAUUUACCGUAUGUGGGGCUUGCCCUAGAGAUCUUCCUAGUGCAUCCCACUGGGUGCUGUAGGCUUUUACUCCUUACACGCUGCCCAGGCUUGCACCCCAGAGAGGUCAUUUCAGUGCGGCUAACACAGAGGUUUGGCUUCACCCUGGAGGCACAGUCCAUUGUCUCUUGAGACAGACAGGUGCCAACAAGCUUUUCCUUAGAAAGCAAAAGAAAGUAGUUCAGAGCCUCUGCUUUGUAUGCAGAGGCUCCCAGGUGCAAACUCUGGUACCUGCAGAUAGGAGUGGAAAAUCUAGAAGGCCAAUGCUCUGAGCAAGUGAAAAGCAUCUUUUUAUAUUCCUAUUAGAAAUAAAGGGUGGUGGUCCCAGAUUUUUAGGGGCGGACAGCUGCAGUCCAGUGGCUGACCACCUGCUUUGAAUGCAAAAGUUCCUGUGUUCAAUUCUUUGGCAUCUCCCUACAUGGAGAUGCCUGAAAGGGACGCGGGUGGCACUGUGGGUUAAACCACAGAGCCUAGGACUUGCCGACCAGAAGGUCGGCGGUUCGAAUCCCCGCGAUGGGGUGAGCUCCCUUUGCUCUGUCCCAGCUCCUGCCAACCUAGCAGUUCGAAAGCACGUCAAAGUGCAAGUAGAUAAAUAGGUAAGGUAAACAGCGUUUCUGUGCGCUGCUUUGGUUCGCCAGAAGUGACUUAGUCAUGCUGGCCACAUGACCCGGAAGCUGUACGCCGGCUCCCUCGGCCAGUAAAGCGAGAUGAGCGCCGCAACCCCAGAGUCGGCCACAACUGGACCUUUACCUUUACAUGACCUGAGGUGGGAAGGGAAAAAAAAAACAUUCCUGAAACCCUGGAGAGCUGCUGCCAGCCAGUGCAGUCAGUACUGAGCUAAAUGGACCCGUAGUCUGACUUUUAUCAGGCACUACGGCUACCUGUCAUGGAUGCUUAUUUGAGAUUCCUGCAUUGCAGGGGGGUUGGACUAGAUGGCCUUUGGUGGUCCCCUUCCAGCUCUAUUAUUCUAUGAUUCUCUGUUCCAGCCAAGAAGCUCAAAUGCCUCAGUCAUCCUACAAGCCCAGCAACCUCACCAUCUGCCACCCAGCCUCUCUUCCUUUCUUUGAAGACACCCUUACUUUUCCUGCGAGAGAAACUAGGUCAAGGAAAGAUACCUCCUUUUGCAAAUGA